AUGCGCAGAGUCCCUUCUUCAGUAACUAAGGUCCCAUUACUUCCAACUACUACUAUGAAGCAAGUGGAAUUAAGCAUCACUGAUGAAGUUGAACCACUCCAGAACAAAGACAUGGAGUUGGAACUGGCCAUUCAAGUAUCUCCAACCCCCAUCAACCUUGAUGUCUCUACUCCCCAUCCCACAAUGCUUCCUCCAGCUUCUAAAUUAAAGACUUGGAAAAGAGCUUUGAGCAGGGAAGAGAAGGUGACUAAUGCUGGUUUUAAUAUCUUUGCCGACCAGGAUGUUGUAGUUGUUGUCGUAGUUGAAGGUGAUCCUCAUCCUGGGGCGUGUAGAGGGCGCAUGUCAUUUUUAAGUUUUAACCCAUCCAUUGAUAAACUCAAUGAUGUGGCCUCUGACUCUGCUGCUACAAGUUCUGACAGACAAAACGAAGCAACAUCAAUAAGAGAAAAUGGGGCACUAAAGUAUAGAUCUGAAAAUGUGGAAUUGGAUGCAUUAAUCGGAGCUGGAAAUGGUGAUUAUAAGAGGAAGCAAGGAGCUGCCGCCGUCGAUGGCAUCUGCCCGGAAGGGACAGCGUCACCACCGCUUGCCGCCGCACGAGAAGGGCCGCCGUCUCUGCCUAUAUUUCUUCUUAUCCGCCAGUCUCUGCUGCUCGAAGCCAUCUCGGUGACGUUGUCGCAUCACCUGUACCGUCUGUGCAUCUCGUCGGCGCCGCCGAAAAAAAAAACCGAGUUCGACGAUGCCUAA